AUGGAUGAUACAGUAUCAGCUGGUGAUGAUCAUGUUCAUGAUCCACAUGAACUUCCUAAGGAGUAUGAACAUUUCGUGUUACGGGAUCAUGACUCUCUACAUCAUGUCGAAUUUGAAAUAUUUGAGAGUAGCAAUACAAAUUUAGGCGAGGUUCCAUUAGAACACACUCAAGAUCACAUGUAUGACAAUUCCGAAUAUCAAUUCGGUGAAUCUAGUAAUCAUAACCCAGAAAAUCAAUUCGAGUUCAAUGAUAAUGAGGCAGAUUAUACUAUAGACGAUGAUAACAUUGAAUUUCAGAAAGAACAAUCUCAUGUUACACAUGAUUAUGUCUCUCCUGGUGGAUCAUCGUAUUGGAUUCCUGUUGUUUCAGACAACAUCAAACCUAAAUUCAAUUCAAUUUUUGAUUCAUAUACAACAACAUUAUCCAUGUAUUACAAUUAUGCAUCAUUAGCAGGUUUUGAUGUCAGGCUUGGACCAUUUAGAACAACUGAAUCUUGCAUUACCACACAACGACAUUUGUUAUGA